ACGAUUAUGAGGCGAGAAUCAACGAAGAUUUGUCGUUUCAGAAGGGAGACUUUUUAGAAGUUGAACCGGAGAACUGCGAGUUUGACUGGUGUAUCGCAAAGUCUCGUUCGACAGGAAAAUCUGGCUAUAUUCCGUUGAACUAUGUUGCAGUUAAGACUCUGGAAGCCGAAGACUCGAAGCAGGAUGAAAAACAAGAUGGAGUUGGGGAAGAGAAAGCGAACGGGAAUGGAGAGGAUUUAGCGCUUCAGAAAACGCCACCGCCAUCCCCAAUGAAGAAGGAAGAUGAAACACAGGAGACGAACGAUGGCAAGGUUUUUGUAGCGCUGUACGAUUAUGAGGCGAGAACAGACGAAGAUUUGCCUUUUCAGAAGGGAGACUUUUUAGAAGUUGAACCGGAGAACUGUGAGCUUGACUGGUGGGUGGCAACUUCUCGUUCGACAGGAAAAUCUGGUUAUAUUCCAAGGAACUACGUUGCUGAGGUUGGGACUCUCGAAGCAGAAGAUUGGUAUUUCGGGAAGAUUAGCAGAGUGGAGGCACAGAAGUUGCUCCUUGCUGACGUAAAUGAUCGCGGAUCUUUUCUCAUCCGAGAGAGCGAGUCCUCCCCGAACACUUACGUUUUGUCCCUUCGGGAUACAAGCGAAGUCCACCAUUAUAAAAUAGCGCAGCUGGAUUCUGCAUCACAGAAUCGUGAUUCUCAAAGACUACGGAGAUCGGUCCAGCGCUAUCUUCAGAAACCCAAGGAUUUGUGUUGUAGACUUGUCGCUCCUUGUAAGAAGAUAGAUGUGUCUCAAACAAUUGGUAUAUCUCACAACAUGGCCGACAAAUGGGAGAUUGAUAGAAAAGAGAUAACUUUCAAAUCAAGGCUUGGUGCAGGUAACUUUGGUGAAGUGUGGGAGGGUCUUUGGAACAAGACAACAAAAGUUGCAAUUAAGACACUGAAAGAAGGGACGAUGGAGCCAGCGAAGUUCUUGCGAGAGGCCGAAAUUAUGAAGAAAUUGAUUCAUCCACGUUUGGUUCAACUGUACGCGGUGUGCUCUCGAGAGGAACCAAUAUUUAUCGUGACAGAGUUGAUGGAAAAUGGCAGUCUUUUAGAAUACCUCAGGGGACCAGGUGGAAAACUUAUGAAGAUGCCAAAGUUGAUAGACAUUGCAACUCAGGUUGCUCAGGGAAUGGCAUUUUUGGAGAAACACAGCUACGUUCAUCGUGAUUUGGCAACGCGCAAUGUUUUGGUCGACAAAAAUUUAAACGUAAAAGUUGCCGAUUUUGGUCUGAGUCGAUCUGUUGUGCAUGGGAAUGGAUACGUCGCACACAAGGGCGCGAAAUUUCCAAUCAAGUGGACGGCUCCUGAAGCCAUCACGACGAACGCUUUUACAACAAAAUCUGACGUUUGGUCUUUUGGUAUUUUAAUAUAUGAGCUUGUAACCUAUGGACGAGUUCCAUAUCCAGGAAUGACCAACCAUGAGGUUAUCACGAAAAUUGAGGAGGAAGAUUACAGAAUGCCGAAACCUGGGAAUGCUCCGGCGAAGUUAUACAAAGAUAUCAUGUUAAAAUGUUGGGCAAAGGAACCUGAGGUUCGUCCAACGUUUGAAACUCUUAGCUGGCAACUGGACGAAUUCUUUGAAGAAACUACUGAGUGGAUGGACCCCGAGAUAUUUAGAAUUAAUAAUUGCCAUUGAAUAAUUCAGGUCUAAUUUAAAACAAGUGCAUCGUAAUAGACGCUUGACGUGUUGUUAGCACGCUCAUGGGUUGAACCAUUUAUGGUUCUACCGUUUGUAAGACGCAGGCUCUUGAGAACUUCAACAUGCAUAUAUCGUUAAAAUGAAUUUUUGCAUGUAAAUUUCAACUGACAUCGAGGAAGGUUGAAAAUGAAACCCUGAAUAAAACAUUGCAAAGCAGUAUGUACUAGACUAGUCAGGCUAGUAUUAGUGGCAACAGUCAACACUCA